CUCUCAUCUCGUCCUGCAGGACUAUACACUCUUCUUCCUCCGCUGCUGCAGCCUGACUCUGACACAACCGGCAUGUCUGCAAACUGAGAGCCGCACAGGAAAGACACAACCCCCCCCCUUUAAGACGCACAACUUGUGUUUUCUUUCUUCCCACUGAAGCAGAAAAGAAGGCUGGUUAUAAUACUGCGACGAGCCUUUUAUUUUUGGAGGGAAACAUACUUGGAUAAGGCUCAAAACAAGGUCUGUCCCCGAUUACGUGACCACUGAAGGAAGAGAACACAGAACUGCUUCAUCAUGAAUUUUGUAAUGAAAGCUGCGAUGGGAGGAGGUCCUCCUGAUGUGGGGAAGAUGCUGGGUGGGGAGGAGAAGGAGGAGGACCCUGACGCAGACAAGAAAGAGGAGGAGCGACAGGAGGCGCUGAGGCAGCAGGAGGAGGAGAGGAAGGCCAAAUACGCUAAGAUGGAGGCUGAGAGGGAAAGCAUGAGGCAAGGCAUCCGGGAUAAGUAUGGCUUGAAAAAGCGCGAGGAGGCCGAGGCUGAGGCUGCAGCUGCUGUGGAGGAAGCUGCAGAGGGCAGCUUGACUCGACCCAAGAAGUUGGUGCCGGCCGGCUGCGGUGACGAGGAGGAAGAGGAAAGCAUCAUGGACACAGUCAUGAAAUACCUGCCAGGCCCACUGCAAGAUAUGCUGAAGAAGUAGGCUAGCCUGCUAGCUAAUGCUAACGUUAUCUAGCUUAGUUCAUAGACUACAUUCACAAGGUUGGCUUAAAUCAGGUUUUUUUCCAUCCACAUUACACGUGGACAUUGCAAAUACUUAAAUGAAGAUUCAUCUGGUAUGGUGUUUUGUUUUUUGGACAAAACUAAGUUUUAUGGUGGGGGAAUGAAUCAGACGUGAACCAGCAGUGUGGAUUGCAGCCAUUAGACUAAGCUAGGCUGACCCAACGAACAGGUGAACGUUAGUUUGACUGACGUUAACGUUAGCUAUGUUACACUAAUGGAGCUAACAGCAAGCAGAGGGUCUCAAAAAACACAAUGUUAGAUGGUUUAUCCUUCUAGUCUAAGACGUUUUAAACUCCCUUUUAUCUCCUCUGCAGAGCUUUCGCAGCACUGAAAAAUAAUAUACCUGUCCACCAAGCUGUUCACUCAAUUUGUACAUAAAUAAAUUCAUACAUUACGAGCCUCAAUGUGGGCAAACAAUCAUAAAAUAAUAUAUGAAAGUACUAUACUAAUUGUGUGUCUGUCUCUAAAAUAAAAAAAAAGCGUGAUAACUUGAUAAGCCAUAUUUUAAAAAGGAAAUUUAAAGACUACUGUUGUGUGCUCCUUAAGCUACUGUUUUGUGUUUGACCAUGUCUGAAACUUACGUAAAAUCUUUUGCACACAACGUUACACAUUCUCUGUCAGACCUAUUGUCUGUCUCCCCUACACAUACGUGUAAUAACAUUCAUGUAGUGGUGUUUAAAAUGUUUCUAAACCCCUUGUUCAGUGCGUCUCUUUUUGUCUUGCAUGCCAUUUGUCUAGACAUGUUUGUUGUGUGAAUAUGUACAACCUGCCCCUUUUAUCCUCUUCUGUAUCAUGCAAAAAAUAUUAAGGCAAUAACUCCUAAGUUUGAGUGUGUUUUCACUACCAUGUCGAUAUAACCGUUAUUAAUAUCAGUAAUGAAAAAAAUGAUAUAUGCAUUCAGGAAAUUUCAUUUACAGGUUUGCAGGGUUUUCUUUUUUGUUGUCUCAUUGUUUCGAUGAGGAAUGACCGUGUAAACGUUCAUACAACAGCCAAAACCUUAAGCUUUCAGCCAUAAAACCAGAACUUACAGAAUAUAUACUAUUACUAUCAGGAUAUACUACUGGGGAGGAAAUUCUGAAUGAAUAUGUAUUAAAAAAGAAGAAAUGUGUAUUUAUAAUAAGCAGUGUAAACUUUAAAGUGGACUACAAGUCUGAAUGUUGCAUCAUUUGAAGAUUUGCGAGAAAGAGACCACCUUUCAACACACACAUACACACACACAACAGAUGGGUAUUGAUUUAGUUGCACAGCAAAAACCAGAGGUGAAGUGACGCUUGAUUGAGUUCUACUCAUUGUUGGUUUAGAUGUGAGGAUGAGCCACAGUGGAAUGCCAUUGAGCAAUAAAGGAUUAUCAUGUAUGUUUCUGCCUGAGAUUAAAUAAAAACGUAAAACCUUGUUCACAAACAUUAAAAA